UGCGUAAAAGCCGUGAGUAAUUGGGGAUGUGGUCCGCCGUGCAGAGGAGAAAGUUUGAAUAGACAGUGAGUGGCCCGGCAGGCUGAUUAAGAGGGACUUCCUUCCUCCGCCGGCACUGUUGUGGAGCAAGGGCUGGUUUAUAAAUGCGAGCUAAACACUUUGCCAGACAAACACGUCUCGUCCAGGACCGCUGGACCGCGCCACAGCUCCAACAACAACAGAGGUUCAAACAUGAGGGAUGUAACGGGACUGUUUGCUGCCGUGUUGGUUUUCCUGUUGGGAAGAGCCGGCGGGAUAGAGCAGAAUAACGGAUACUGUAUUGGGACCAAGUGUUUCGCGGUGGCCCAAGAAUCCAGCGAUUUCACGACAGCGCAGAGGCAAUGUAGAUCUAAAGGGGGCCACUUAAUGACAGUGCGCUCAUCUGUAUCACAUGAUGUUCUUUUUAUCUUGUUGGGGAAUUCGACGGGGCGGUUCUGGAUCGGUUUGCAUUUAAGCAGCGGCUGUCCUGACGUUGUUCCAGCACUGAGGGGCUUCCAGUGGGUGACCAAGGACAUUCAGAGCGACUUCUUCAACUGGGCGCCGGGUUUUGACACCAGCUGCUCUUCUCCUCGCUGCGUCUCAGUUUCCAGAGGGGGCGACUUUACAUGGGUACAGGAGCCAUGUGGCGACCAGGCGGCCGGGUUCCUCUGUGAGAUCGACUUCAUUAACCCGUGCACUGGUCUGGAGCUUGCACUGGGCGACUCAGUCGUCUACAGUAACCCCAUGGGGUUUUGGGGCGAGGAUUGGGUGUCUGUGCCCCCUGGAAGCACCGCCAUUCGCAUGCCAUCUGAGAUUAAAUACGUCUGCUUCUCCGAGACGUGGCUGCAGGCGCCCUGGAGAUGCGAGAUCAGCGAGGGAGGGUGUGAGCACAAAUGCGCAACGGACCCAAACAGGGUCCCCGUGUGUUACUGUCCGAAGGGACAAACCGUCAACCCUGCAAAUAAAGUGACUUGCGAAGUGGGCAUAGAAGACCCGUGCCAAGACCUGAGCUGCGCGCACGCCUGUUACGCGACCGGAGAUUCCUACGCGUGCUUGUGCGACCACGGCUUUAAACUGGCUGCGGACGGCAGGUCGUGCGUGGACUUCAAUGACUGCACGGACCAGCGCCAGUGUCCCGGAGAGAAUUUCAUGUGCGUCAACACCCUGGGUGGGUUCCAAUGCGUCUGCCAGGCUGGAUACACGAUGACCAGCAGGCUGUGCGUGGACCAGGACGAGUGCGCGUCCGCCCCUUGCGAGCACUCGUGCAAAAACACUCCUGGCAGCUACUUGUGCUCGUGUUACGAUGGAUAUGAAGUGGAUCCAACGGCACCGGACAAGUGUCGGCUCUUCUGCGGGAUGGAGCGGUGCGCUGCGGAGUGCGACCCGAAUGACGCGCUCAUCUGCUACUGCCCCCCAGGUUACAUCUCUGAGGAGAGAGGGGGCGUGACAGUUUGCAUUGACUUGGACGAGUGUGAGCUUCAGUUUUGUGAGCAACGCUGUGAAAACAAAUUUGGCGGCUACGUGUGCUCGUGCUAUCGAGGAUAUGAGCUGCAAGACGAGUACAUGUGCGUAGCAAUCGAAGAUUUCACAGGUGAAGCAGAGACCACAGCUCCAUUUACAUCGUCAUAUUUACCCUACCCCGACCCAACGAGUCGACCCUCGGGGGUGUCAGUGGGGGCUUUCGUUGGGAUAAUACUGUGUACUGUCUUUUUUAUCGUGUCGCUGGUUUUUCUGGCGCAUCACAUCCUGAACCGCAGAGGGAAGAUUGACCGCGCCAGUGCGCUCACGGCGCGCGAGGAUGAGGCGCACGGUUUACGUCAACUAACCAGUUACACUUAAAAACACCUGAGAGAGAGAGAGAGAGAGAAAGAGAGAGAGAGAGAGAAGAAAUGCGAAUCCACUGUCCAGAGCCACCGAGACAUGGACAGAUGAUAACAGAUAUGGAGGACAGCGAUGUUGUUAUGUCAUUGGAGCAACAAGUCACUUUAAACUAACUCAACUAUAAAAUUUGAAAAAUCUGAAUGAAGGAAAAGUCUGUUUCUCUUUUUUUGUCUCUGUCCCUUCAGACACAGGCGGAGUGCCCCACCAUGUGGACGAACACUUGAGUUACAGGUCACCAGGGCAGAGAAACGGCUGCAAAAUGGGUUUUAUAUAUUAUUACUUCAGUUUUGAAAGAUCAGUGGUACAUGUACACAAUCCUUCACAAUGAUGAACCAAAUGAAACCCAUGACGUCAGCACACAUUGCAUUUAUAACUCACAGCAACCCAAGAUCAUAAAGAGACAGGUAUAAGUGAAAAUGUAUUGAACAGUAGCCUCUUAAAAUACAUCACACAAAACAAGGAAACAUAUAAAUACUAAACAACGAUAGGCAGUAGUUAUUGCAGUGUGACUGUACCAAUACAGAUAUAUGAAAAACUAGUAGCCUUUUCCACUACAAGAAGUAUCUUGUAUAACGUUUGAAGUGAUACAAGUAUAUUAACACACAGUGAUGGACAAAUGUAUGUUUAAAUAUUUAUCAAUAACAUACAUGCACAUAGCAUAUCAUAUCAUAUAGAAUAUGUAUUGUGUAGAUAUUUAAAUAUAACUUCAUUUAAUUUUACAAUUGGUAUUAUACAUAAAUGUAUAUCUACAUAUAUCCAUGAGAUGUAGCUGUGUGAAAAUAAUAUAUCAUCUAAGAGGCAACAUAAGGAACCACACAACCAUCAUUCUUGAUAUAUAGCAUAUACCACAUUAUUAAAUGGGCAUUUAAAGCACAGUAAAAGUAGUCGGUUGCCUCUCACCAGUAAGUAGCAGUACUACAUGUUGUGUUUAGCAGUGAUAUUAGAGGUAGUAAGCAGGUUAGGGUUAGGGUUAGGGUUGGGGUUAGGGUUAGAGAUUUAGAAGUAGUCAGACAGUUGCAAGGUGGUGGAUGUCGCCAGAGUUUGAGCAGAAACUGUGAGUGGAGGAUAAACGAGUGUGUGAAAGAGGAAGAGUGCCAAGUUGUGAAAUUCCUCUAUUUUGUCAGAGUCGAUGGCAGGUCAGGUAGGACUGAGUGUAGCGAGCAGCAGAUAUUUACACUGUCAAACUUUGUUUAGUGUUGCGUGUACACACCAGGUAUUACGGUAACAGCGGGUCAGAGAUGAUUUCAGAAUAAAAGCUCCGGUCCGUUGACAAUUCAAUUAAUAGUACAGUUUCCAUUAUAAACCCUCCCUUUUUGUAAUGUUUCGUUCUCUUCACCUGUGUUAAAGCUCUGGAGCUACUUCAGAUAUAAUCCUUGUCAUUAGUGACUCUUUUUUAUAAUCAGUCUAUGCUACAGAGAGAAGUUUAUCUUCAUUAUAUCUGGUUUAUCUAGUGAAGAUUUUAGAGCCAAUGUUUUUCAUAAAAUCCAACAAAUUGUUUAAUUACUGUUUAAUGUGUGUGGCUUAUACAUAGGUUUGAAUUAUUUUCUUAAAUGGUGUUGUUUUUUCAUA